CCUCUUCUUCUUCUUCUUCUUCUUCUUCUUGCUAGCAUAUUAGCUUGUUUCAAUCAGCCAACAGUAACAGCAAAACGGCAGUAAACCUUCAACUCUAUCGGCAGAGAUAUGGGGAAGAAGCACAAGAAACAUAAACCGGAAUGGAUUACAGUUGCUGACUUUGAGGACAAGACUCUUGAAAAGCCCCUCAAGAUCAAGCUCAAGGUUGGAGGAAGCGAAGUGACGGAGCUCUCCGGCUCAGGGCUCGACUACGACGACAGGUCGGACCACGAGCGAGAACGGCACAAAGAGAAGAAGAAAAAGAAGAAGAAGAAGUCUGAAAAGGAUAAAGACAAGUAUGUGGACGAGGAGGAGAGAAGGCGAAGGAAGGAGGAAAAGAGGAAGAAGAGGGAGCGAGAGCAGAAUGAAUCUGAGGCUGCAGCUGCAGGCCCGGCACCCGUUGAACCAUUCACUCUGUCGAAAAGCUUAAGCAUUGGAUUAGAGCCGGAGGAGAAAAAAAAGAAGAAAGAGAGGUUUGACGUAGAGCCUGAAGUGGAGGAGUUUCACCCCAGUGUGAAGGUGGAAGUGGAGCAGCCGGGAGACCGACCAGUUAGAGCGUGCCGCACACAACAAGAGAAUGAGUCCACUCCUCGCCAACAACUGCUGGAACACUUUUUGAGGCAGCUGCAGAGGAAAGAUCCCCAUGGAUUCUUUGCGUUCCCAGUAACGGAUGCGAUUGCUCCUGGCUACUCGUCGAUCAUCAAACAUCCCAUGGACUUCAGCACCAUGAAAGACAAGAUCAGGAGCAACGAAUACAACACAGUGACCGAGUUCAAGGCAGACUUUAAACUGAUGUGUGACAACGCCAUGGUGUACAACCGACCAGAGACUGUCUACUACAAGGCUGCCAAGAAGCUGCUCCACACAGGAUUCAAGAUGAUGAGCAAGGACCGACUUUUGGCACUGAAGCGCAGCAUGUCUUUCAUGCAGGACAUGGAUUUCACACAGCAGGCAGCAAUUUUAGGAGACGAAGAACAGACUGCUGACCUCCCUCCACCUGAAACGAUCCCCCUCCCUGUGGAAUCUGCGAAAAAGUCCAGAAAACAACCAGUUAAAGACAUCAACUACCUGUUUGAACCAGAGGGAAAUGCUUGCAGCCUGACUGACAGCACAGCAGAGGAACAUGUUCUGGCUCUGGUGGAACAUUCUGCAGAUGAAGCUCGCGAUCGCAUCAACAGAUACAUGCCGAACUCUAAGGUGUGCCACGUUAAUGCAUUUUCACAUAUAUUUAAUGGUUCUCGGUAUACACUCUUCUUUUACAUGAGGCGGUUUGAUGACCUGAAGCUGUCACCGUUCUGUUUUCAGAUGGGUUAUUUACGCAAAGAGUCAGAUGGCUCUCUUCUGUAUACUGUUGUAAACCAACUUGACCCUGAUGCUGAAGAAGAGGAGACCCAUAAUGUGGAUCUUAGUUCUUUGUCGAAUAAGCUUCUGCCUGGAUUAACAACAUUAGGGUUCAAAGAUGACCGGAGACAUAAAGUAACAUUUCUUAGCAGCGCUUACAACAUCCAGAGCCUUCAGAAGAACUCCGUCUUUCCAGACCUGCAGUCUGAUGAGACUGACAUGCUUUAUUCAGCGUAUAGCGAUGAGACGGGGGUACAGUGCGCUCUGAGCGUGCAGGACUUUGUGAAGGGCUGUGGAAGUGUCACCAAACGUUGGGUCGAUGAGCUUCUGGACAAGAUGACAGGAGGCGAUCAUUCCAAAGCCGUCGGUCAGAUUCGACAGAAAAGAAACAUAAUGUUAAAACCUGAUGAAACCAAGUCUAACAUCUGUGACAUACAGAUAUCGGACGGUACUAGCCUUGGCGAAAGCGGGUCAGUGCUGGACUUCAUGUCAAUGAAGAGCUAUCCUGAUAUGUCCAUGGAUAUUUCAUUGCUCAAUCCAUUAGCAGGUAAAACAGUAAAAAAAGAGCCAUUGAACGAAGAAGGUCACCAGCACUAUGACGACGCUGAUAAACUCCUGCAGGAGUUCCAGGAGGCUCAGGUUGAAAGAGUUUGCUCCAGACCCUCAUCCAACCUCUCCUCCCUUUCAAAUGCUUCUGAAAGAGACCAACACCACUUAGGGAGCCCGUCACACCUGGGUGUCGGGGACCAUUCGGAGAUGGUUCACGAUCCCUAUGAGUUCCUGCAGUCUCCAGAACCAGAGGGCUCAGCCAACAGCUGAUCACGCACACAGAAGAUCCUUUAUGCUGGUGUUAACAGCACCAGCCUACCACUGAUCGAACAAUUGGUGUACAAUUGUAUUUGUAUGUUUUUGUAUCAAGGCAACCCUUCAAGAAUAAAUACUUGCACCUGCAUUCAUAAGGUGUGUGUUGUA